AUGACCACUUUACUCUUGGUGUUUGUGACUCUGAGGGUCAUUGCUGCAGCCUUCUCAGUAGAAGUAUCAGACCCUGACAACUCAUUGAGUGUCAGCAUCCCUGAACCGUCCCCACUGCGGGUCCUCCUGGGGACCUCCCUCACCAUCCCCUGCUAUUUCAUCGACCCCAUGCACCCCGUGACCACCGCCCCCUCCACUGCCCCCCUCACCCCGAGAAUCAAGUGGAGCCACAUUUCCAAGGAGAAGGAGGUGGUACUGCUGGUGGCCACGGAAGGGCAGGUGCGGGUCAACAGUGCCUACCAGGACAAGGUCUCGCUGCCCAACUACCCAGCCAUUCCCAGUGACGCCACCUUGGAAAUUCUAAACCUGCGCUCCAAUGACUCUGGGAUCUACCGCUGUGAAGUGAUACAUGGCAUCGAGGACAGCGAGGCCACCCUGGAGGUCGUGGUGAAAGGCAUUGUGUUCCAUUACAGAGCCAUUUCCACGCGCUACACCCUGGACUUUGACAGGGCGCAGCGGGCCUGCCUGCAGAACAGCGCCAUCAUCGCCACGCCCGAGCAACUGCAGGCCGCCUAUGAGGACGGUUUCCACCAGUGUGAUGCUGGCUGGCUGGCCGACCAGACUGUCAGGUACCCCAUCCACGUUCCCCGGGAAGGCUGCUAUGGAGACAAGGAUGAGUUUCCCGGCGUGAGAACCUACGGCAUCCGCGACACCAAUGAAACCUAUGACGUGUACUGCUUCGCCGAGGAGAUGGAGGGCGAGGUCUUCUAUUCGACGUCUCCGGAGAAAUUCACCUUCCAGGAGGCUGCCAAUGAGUGCCGGCGGCUGGGCGCCCGGCUGGCCACCACGGGCCAGCUAUACCUGGCCUGGCAGGGCGGCAUGGACAUGUGCAGCGCCGGCUGGCUGGCCGACCGCAGUGUGCGCUACCCCAUCUCCAAGGCCCGGCCCAACUGCGGGGGCAACCUCCUGGGCGUUAGAACUGUCUACCUGCACGCCAACCAGACGGGCUACCCCGACCCCUCAUCCCGCUACGACGCCAUCUGCUACACAGGUGAAGACUUUGUGGAUAUCCCAGAAAACUUCUUCGGGGUGGAUAAUGAGGAGGACAUCACCGUCCAGACAGUGACCUGGCCGGCGGUGGAGCUGCCCUUGCCCCAGAACAUCACCGAGGGCGAAGCGCGGGGCAACGUGAUCCUCACCGUGAAGCCCAUCUUUGGGGGCUCCCCCACUGCCCUGGAGCCCGAGGAGCCCUUUACGCGGGCCCCUGACAUAGAGGCCACCGCCUUCCCGGAGGCUGAGAACAGGACGGGAGAGGCCACCAGGCCCUGGGCCUUUCCCGAGGAGUCCACGUCUGGCCAGGGCCCCUUCACCAGCGAGGACCUGGUCGUGCAGGUGACCGCAGCCCCAGGUGAAGCCGAGGUCCCCGGGCAGCCACGAUUGGCCGGGGGGGUCGUGUUCCACUACCGCCCUGGCUCCGCCCGGUACGCGCUGACCUUCGAGGAGGCGCGGCGGGCCUGCCUGCGCACCGGGGCGGUGAUCGCCUCGCCGGAGCAGCUCCAGGCAGCCUAUGAAGCAGGCUACGAGCAGUGUGACGCCGGCUGGCUGCAGGACCAGACCGUCAGAUACCCCAUUGUGAGCCCGAGGACCCCGUGUGUGGGUGACAAGGACAGCAGCCCGGGAGUCAGGACCUAUGGUGUGCGCCCACCAUCAGAAACCUUUGAUGUCUACUGCUACGUGGACAGACUCGAAGGGGAGGUGUUCUUCGUCACACGUCCGGAGCAGUUUACCUUCCAGGAAGCCCUGGAGUUCUGUGCGUCCAACAAUGCCACGCUGGCCUCCACGGGCCAGCUCUACGCUGCCUGGAGCCUCGGCCUGGACAAGUGCUACGCCGGCUGGCUGGCCGACGGCAGCCUCCGCUACCCGAUAGUCACCCCUCGGCCGGCCUGUGGCGGGGACAAGCCAGGCGUGAGGACCGUCUACCUCUACCCCAACCAGACAGGCCUCUUGGACCCACUGUCCCGGCACCAUGCCUUCUGCUUCCGAGGUGUCUCAGCUGUGCCCUCUCCAGGAGAAGAUGUGGGUCGCACACCCACACCACCCUGGGAUGUGGAGGACUGGAUCACCACCCAGGUGGGACCUCACGUGGCUGCUGUCCCCUCGGGGGAAGAGACAACUGCAAUCCCAGGUUUCACCAUUGAGCCAGAAAACCAAACGGAAUGGGAACCAGCCUACACCCCAGCGGGCACCUUCCCACUGCCAGGGGUCCCCUCUGCAUGGCCUCCCGCUAGCACAGCAACGGAGGAGAGCCCAGAAGGCCCUUCUGCAACAGAAGUGCCCUUGGCCUCCGAGGAGCCAACCCUCCCUGAGGAGCCAUCGCCCUCCCAGGAGCCGUUCACACCUCCACCCCCAGUGCCCAGUGGGAUGGAGCUGCCAGGCUCUGGGGAGGCAUCCGGGGUACCCGAAGUCAGUGGUGACUUCACAGGCAGUGGAGAAGCCUCGGGACACCUAGACUUCAGUGGUGUCACCUCUACAGUGGGCUCAGGCCUGCCUGUAGGAAGCGGACUGGCCUCGGGGGAUGAAGAUGGAAUUACGUGGACCGGCACUUCUACAGUUGGUGGGCAGCCCUCUGGUGGUGAGGGCCUAGAAGGCUCUGCUUCUGGAGUAGGGGACCUCAGUGGACUUCCUUCUGGGGGAGAAGGUCAUCUGGAAACCUCUACCUCUGGAGUAGGGGACCUCAGUGGACUUCCUUCUGGGGGAGAAGAAGGUCAUCUGGAAACCUCUACCUCUGGAGUUGAGGACCUCAGUGGACUUCCUUCUAGUGGAGAAGGUCAUCUGGAAACCUCUACCUCUGGAGUUGAGGACCUCAGUGGACUUCCUUCUGGUGGAGAGGGUCAUCUGGAAACCUCUACCUCUGGAGUUGAGGACCUCAGUGGACUUCCUUCUGGUGGAGAGGGUCAUCUGGAAACCUCUACCUCUGGAGUAGGGGACCUCAGUGGACUUCCUUCUGGUGGAGAGGGUCAUCUGGAAACCUCUACCUCUGGAGUAGAGGACCUCAGUGGACUUCCUUCUGGGGGAGAGGGUCAUCUGGAAACCUCUACCUCUGGAGUAGAGGACCUCAGUGGACUUCCUUCUGGUGGAGAAGGUCACCUGGAAACCUCUACCUCUGGAGUUGAGGACCUCAGUGGACUUCCUUCUAGUGGAGAGGGUCAUCUGGAAACCUCUACCUCUGGAGUAGAGGACCUCAGUGGACUUCCUUCUGGGGGAGAAGGUCAUCUGGAAACCUCUACCUCUGGAGUAGAGGACCUCAGUGGACUUCCUUCUGGGGGAGAAGGUCAUCUGGAAACCUCUACCUCUGGAGUUGAGGACCUCAGUGGACUUCCUUCUGGGGGAGAAGGUCAUCUGGAAACCUCUACCUCUGGAGUAGAGGACCUCAGUGGACUUCCUUCUGGGGGAGAAGGUCAUCUAGAGACUCAUGCCUCUGGAGUAGAGGACCUCAGUGGACUUCCUUCUGGGGGAGAAGGUCUAGAGACCUCUGCUUCUGAAGUAGGGGAUGACCUCAGUGGACUUCCUUCUGGAAGGGAGGGUCUAGAGACCUCUAUUUCUGGAGCUGAAGACCUCAGUGGGUUGCCUUCUGGAAAAGAAGACACGAUCGGGUCAGCUUCUGGAGCCUUGGACUUUGGCCGAAUACCUUCUGGAACUCCAGGAAGUGGCCAAGCUCCAGAAGCCAGUGGGCUCCCCUCUGGAUUUAGUGGUGAGUAUUCUGGAAUGGACCUUGGAAGUGGCCCAUCCUCUGGCUUGCCUGACUUUAGUGGACUUCCAUCUGGGUUCCCAACUGUCUCCCUAGUGGAUACAACAUUGGUAGAAGUGGUCACAGCCACCACUGCAAGUGAACUGGAAGGGAGGGGAACCAUUGGCAUUAGUGGUGCUGGAGAAAUAUCUGGGCUGCCCUUCGGCGAGUUGGACAUUAGUGGGGGAGCUAGUGGACUCCCUUCAGGAGUUGAGCUCAGUGGCCAGCCAUCUGGAUCUCCUGAAAUCAGCGGGGAAACAUCUGGAUUAUUUGGUGCCAGUGGCCAACCAUCCGGAUUUCCUGAUAUCAGUGGGGCAACAUCUGGGCUCUUUGAGUUCAGUGGACAGCCAUCAGAGUUUCCAGGGCAAACAUCUGGAACGACUGAGCUUAGUGGACAGUCCUCUGGACUACCAGAUGUCAGUGGAGAAGCUUCUGGGGACCUUUUUGGCAGUGGUCCACCAUUUGGCAUAACCGACCUUAGUGGAGAAACAUCUGGGGUCCCCGAUCUCAGUGGGCAGCCAUCGGGGUUGCCAGGGUUCAGCGGGGCCACAUCAGGAAUUCCUGACCUGGGGUCUAGUGCCAUGAGCGGCAGUGGUGAAUCUUCUGGCAUUACAUUUGUGGACGCCACUUUUGUUGAAGUGACCCCAACCACAUUUAAAGAAGAAGAAGGUUUAGGGUCUGUGGAACUCAGCGGCCUCCCUUCUGGCGAGACCGAUCUCUCAGGCACAUCUGGGGCAGUGGAUGUCAGUGGACAGUCUUCUGGAGACAUCGACUCCAGUGGGUUUACAUCCCAGCCUCCAGAAUUCAGUGGCCUACCAAGCGGAGUAGCCGAGGUCAGUGGCGAAGUCUCUGGAGCUGAGCUGGGGAGCAGCCUGUCCUCGGGAGCAUAUGACGGCAGCGGGCUUCCAUCGGGUUUCCCCACCGUCUCUCUUGUGGACAGAACUUUGGUGGAAUCUGUAACCCAGCCUCCAACAGUCCAAGAAGCAGGAGAAGGGCCCUCGGGCAUUUUGGAACUCAGCGGUGCCCUUUCUGGAGCCCCAGACGUGUCUGGAGAUCAUUCGGGAUUUUUGGACCUCAGCGGGCUGCAGUCCGGGCUGGUCGAGCCCAGCGGAGAGCCAUCAGGUACUCCGUAUUUUAGUGGGGACUUUUCUGGCACCAUUGGUGUGAGUGGAGAGUCCUCUACAGCCACGAGCACCAGUGGGGAGGCCUCAGGACUUCCAGAAGUUACCUUAAUCACUUCUGAAUUUGUGGAGGGUGUGACUGAACCAACUGUUUCCCAAGAACUUGGCCAGAGACCCCCUUUGAUACACACCCCCCAGAUUUUUGAGUCCAGUGGGGAAGUAUCUACAUCGGGGGACACCAGUGGAGCUACACCAAGGUUCUCUGGGUCUGGGGUAGAAGCGUCAUCAAUCCCAGAAUCCAGCAGCGAAACAUCCGCCUAUCCUGAGGCUGGGGUGGGGGCGUCUGCUGCUCCUGAGGCCAGCGGAGGAACUUCGGGGUCCCCUGACCUGAGCGAAACCACCUCUGCCUUCCCUGAAGCUGACCUGGAGGGAGCCUCAGGCCUGGGAAUGAGCGGCAGCACCCCAGCCUUCCAGGAAGGACCCACGGAGGGCUCCCUGCUAGGAAUGAGUGGUGAGCCGACCGCCACCUACGAUGUGGGCACAGAGACAUCGGGUUGGCCUCUGGUCACCCCCAUGGCUUCUGGAGACCGAACUGACACCAGCGGAGACCUGUCUGGUCACACCUCAGGGCUGGAUGUUGUCAUCGGCACCAGCAUCCCAGACUUUGAAUGGACCCAGCAAACCCAGCGCCCUGCAGAGGCACAUCUAGAAAUGGAGUCCUCAACCCCCUUGCACUUGGGAGGAGAGACCCAGACAGCCGAAACAGCCAUCUUCCCAACGGACGCUUCCAUCCCAGCUUCUCCAGAAGGGACAGAAGACACGGAGGCCACCACUGCAGACAUUGAUGAGUGCCUCUCAAGCCCUUGUCUGAAUGGAGCCACCUGCGUGGACGCCAUCGACUCUUUCACAUGCUUAUGCCUUCCCAGCUACCGAGGGGACCUGUGUGAGAUCGACCAGGAGCUGUGUGAGGAGGGCUGGACCAAGUUCCAGGGCCACUGUUACCGCCACUUUCCCGACCGCGAGAGCUGGGUGGACGCUGAGAGCCGGUGUCGGAAGCAGCAGUCACACCUGAGCAGCAUCGUCACCCCCGAGGAGCAGGAAUUUGUCAACAACAACGCCCAGAACUACCAGUGGAUCGGCCUGAACGACAGGACCAUCGAAGGGGACUUCCGCUGGUCAGAUGGACACUCCUUGCAAUUCGAGAACUGGCGCCCCAACCAGCCCGACAACUUCUUUGCCUCCGGAGAGGACUGCGUGGUGAUGAUCUGGCACGAGAAGGGCGAGUGGAAUGAUGUGCCCUGCAAUUACCACCUGCCCUUCACGUGUAAAAAGGGCACAGUGGCCUGCGGAGACCCGCCCGUGGUGGAGCAUGCCAGGACGUUUGGCCAGAAGAGGGACCGGUAUGAGAUCAAUUCCCUGGUGCGGUACCAGUGCACUGAGGGCUUUGUCCAGCGCCACGUGCCCACCAUCCGGUGCCUGCCCAGCGGGCACUGGGAGGAGCCUCGGAUCACCUGCACAGACCCCGCCACCUACAAGCGCAGACUACAGAAGCGGAACUCGAGGCCCCCCAGGAGGAGCCGCCCCAGCACCGCCCACUGA